CUCUGAUCUGUUCAGUAUAUGGCAAUCACUUCAUCCACCACUGCAGUGCACCCACCUGUGGGCCUGGGGGAGGGAGUGGGUUGAAAAACUGCUCAAGAACCCAAGUUUAGGAAGGGUCAUGAAGAACACCUCAAGUGGAACUGCAGAGAGAGGGUUACCCAGGCAGAAAGCAAGUCAACAAAGCACUUAGUCAGGAUACGUAACUUGAAAUUGACUCCAUUGGAAGUUGCCAUAGAACCUUUAAUGGACAUCAUCAGCUGGAACUGGGAUCUGAUGAAUCCCACAAAAGUCAGCACCUGCUACAGAACAGAUGAUCUGAUCACCAAGGACUUGUUUUCUGGAUAUGCUGCAGAAGGAUCCGUGCCAGAAACAAGCCUGUGAAAUACAGAAAUGUUUACAAGCCAACAACUUCAGGGACUCUAAGUGUCAGGCUGUCAUCCAAGAACUUCGUAAGUGUUGUGCUCGCUAUCCCAAGGGAAGAUCCCUCGUCUGUUCAGGAUAUGACAAAGAAGAGGUAGAAAAGCUGAAGUCCACAUCACAGUAAAGAUCUGCGGAGAAGUUAAAUGCUGCACCAUGUUUCCACCAAGCCAGUUUUGUUUAUCCUCCUAUUCUUCAGGCCAGGUAGCAGCAAAUAUCAAAGGAAAAAGUCAACUAUAAAAGUUAAUAAAUAUGCUACUAUGCAGAACAGAUAGAAAUAUAUUCAAUAUGUAGAAUGUAAUAAAACUGACCUGUGAAAAUAAACCUUUUAAGUGAAA